AUGGAUCGCCCCGGCGUCCGUCGCCCGCGUCGCGCCCGCGCGCUCGGCGUCGCCCUGUGCGCGGCGCUGGCGAUGCAGUGCGCGAGCGCGCCGGCGCUCCGCGCGCGGUUCGCGCGCGGCGUCGGGGCGAGCGCGAUGGUGCUCGCGACGGAAUCGGUCAAGGCGACGAUGAGCGCGCUGGCGCUGGCGCUGUCGGGGCGAGGCCGGCGCGAACGCGCGCGAUUGUUCGAGCGGACGUUUAUGCUCGCCGCGACGGCGCCGAGCGCGGUGUACGCGGCGCAGAACGUGUUGCUCGCGCGCGGCGCGGCGGGACUGGACGGGACGACGUACAACUGUCUGAAUCAAACGAAAAUCGUCUCGGCGGCGGUGUUCCUGUACGCCCUGCGAGGACACAGACAGAGUUUGCGGCAGAUGGUGGCGUUGGUGAUGGUCGUGUGCGCGGGGGGGGUGCUGAGCGCGGUGGAGGGGGGUGGGGUGGACGCGCGGACGACGGGCGGCGGCGCGACGGCGGCGGCGUGCGUGCUCGCGGCGUCCGCGUUGAGCGGAUUGUCGGGCGCGCUGUGUCAGAUGGCGUUACAGGGGGGGGACGUGAUGCCGGCGACGUUGACGCUCGCGAUGGCGCUCACGGGUGGACCCAUGGUGUUGGGCGGGGAGUAUUUACGAGGCGGCGCGAGAGGCGCGAAGGCGAUUUUCGACGGGUGGACGCGCGGCGCGAUGAUACCGGCGUUCUCGGGGGCGAUCGGGGGGGUACUCGUGGGUGAGAUCACGAAACGGAUGGGGUCGAUCGCGAAAGGAUUCGCCGUGACGUGCGGUCUCGUUCUCACGGGAUUCUUGCAGAGCUUUAUGGAUGGGAGACAGCCGCCGACGACGAACGUGGCGUGUCUGCUCGUCAUCGUCGCCGCCUCGGUCCUGCACUCGACGAGUCCGCCGAAGACGAAGGCUAAAAUGGCGUGA